UUUCAGAGCUGAAAGGCUCCGGACAGACACCGAGCGGCUGGUUGCAGCGGAGCCGGGUUGGGGUGGACUUCUGGCGGCUGCAGCUCCUCCUGCGUCUCGCUGAGCGGCGGAGGACUGAGUGAGACAUGUACCAGGUCCAGGGCAAAGGGGAAAGGGUCGUUGCCAUGGUGCUGAAGGAGCUUCCUGGUAAAAAGGCAUCCUCUGAAGGAAACCCCCUCCUCACCGUGACAACCAAGCUGGUCGGGGAGCAGCAGGAGAGUCGACCGCUGCUGAGUCCCUCCAUCGACGACUUCCUGUCGGAGAGCCGCGGUGACGCCCCUUCGACCCGACCACUCACCUCCAACACAGCAGUUCUGUCCACGGCUCUGGACCUGGUGGACCUCAGCGAGCCGGGGGAGAGCAGCGGGGGCAGCAGCGGGGGCAGUAAUGGUGGCAGUAGUGGCAGCAGCAGUGUCGGCGGCGGUAGCAAGAGGAGGAGCCCUCUAAGGAGGAAGGGCAGCUCGAGGAGUCCUCGACGCCGAGCGAGGCCCGAGGAGACCGAGCUGAUCCAGGUGGAGGUGGAGCACCUGCCGGGCAGUCCCAGAACACCUGAGAGGAUCUCACUGGACUCAGUCAGUCUGGCGUCUCCGCUGGACAAAUGGGACGAUGUGAACCUGGACGCGGAGGACGGAGGACGCAGGAAGAGAUACGAGAAGAGAUGCACCUCCCACCACUCGUCCAGUGAACUGCUGUGGUCUGCAGAGUUUAAAACCGAUCCACUGACCAAGACUUCCUUCGACAUCCACAGCUUCGAUGAUCUGGACUUCAAACCGUCAACACAGGACUGUGGGGCGUCCAGACAGCGCAGACGGACUCGUUCCCUGCUGGCCAGAAAAGAGUCUCUGGAGGAUGAGUUUGUCAGAGCGAAGGCUGCUGUUGAGUCCGACACAGAGUUCUGGGAUAAGAUGCAGGCGGAGUGGGAGGAGCUUGCUCGGAGAAACUGGCUGGAGGAGUCUGAGGGUGAGCGGCCGAACCCGCCCACCAUCUCACCUGUGGAGAAGGGUUACUACUUCAACACCAACAACCCGUACAGAGAUUGGCCCAACGCCUUCGCAGAGGGUCAGGAGAAAGCUCGGGAAGGAGACCUGAACGCUGCUGUCCUGCUGCUGGAGGCCGCCAUCUUACAGGACCCGCAGGACUUUGAGGCCUGGCAGAUUCUGGGAAUGACUCAGGCAGAGAACGAGAACGAGCAAGCUGCCAUCGUGUCCCUGCAGAGGUGUCUGGAGCUCAACCCCAACAACCUGCCAGCCCUCAUGGCGCUCGCCGUCAGCUUCACAAACACCGGCAUGCAGCGGGAGGCCUGCGACGCCCUGCGACGCUGGAUCAGCCACAACCCCCGCUACAAACAUCGGGUUCUUGACCACAGGAGCCUGCUACAGGGCUCCCCGGCCACGCCACGCAGGGGCCCCGACACCUCCACACAGGCCAGGUCAGGGCUGCAGGAUGUGUUGCUUCUCUUCCAGGAUGCGGCUCUGUUGAAUCUGGACUGUGUGGAUCCAGACCUGCAGACUGGACUAGGAGUCCUCUUCAACCUUAGCUCAGACUUCAACAAAGCUGUGGAGGCUUUUACUGCAGCGCUGUCCGUCAGACCACAGGACUACCUGCUGUGGAACCGUCUGGGAGCGACGCUGGCCAAUGGGAACCGCAGUGAGGAGGCGGUGGAGGCGUACACCCGAGCUCUGGAGCUGCAGCCAGGAUUCAUCCGGUCCAGAUACAACCUGGGAAUCAGCUGCAUCAACCUGGGAGCUCACAGGGAGGCGGUCAGUAACUUCCUGACAGCUCUGAACCAGCAGAGGCGGAGUCAGCGCUGCAGCCACCAGCAGAUGUCGGCCAACAUCUGGGCCGCCCUGCGUAUCGCCAUCUCCAUGAUGGACCGACCUGAGCUUUUCCAGGCCGCCAACAUCGGGGACCUGGACCUGCUGAUGAGCGCCUUCGAAGUGGGCGACGUCUGACGGAGGACGGGGUCCCCGGUCAGACUGAGCGUUGUGUCCCAGGAGACAGUUUGGUUUGAAACCAAAGAGACGACGGCUGCAGAUCGCAGGAAAAUCCUUCGCAAUAUAACAGCACAACCCUUUAGAUCCUGUAAGAGCACUGGUUACACGUAUGUAGUCUGAGCGCUGAGGACGAGCUCAGACGAGCGCCGUUUGUUCAGGGCGUCUGCAGCUCCUUCAGAAAUAUUAAACCUUUUAAAUCCACUUUUAAAUAUCAGGCCUUAAAGCCAUCACACAGCGUACCAACACUUCCUGGAGUACACCUGUGCUUCACUGCAACAAGGCCAGUUAGAGUUAAAGGAGUUUGUCUCUAAACAUCCUGGAAAUUCUGUUUCUGAUAUCUGAUCAAUCUGAUCAAUAAGUAUCAAUAUGGAUCCUCUGUUCUCUCUGUUAAUACAAACUGAACACUCCCUCCAUGUUUGUCUAUGUUUGAAACAGUGAACUCUGCUUGUUUCUACUCAACACGUUUCACUCCAGCUCUUUCCUGGAGGGCUUUUAAUGUGAAACAUCUGCAGGAAGUAUUAAAACGAGUAGAAGAGUUAACAGGAGAAUAGAACAUCAUUAAUGUUAAUCAAUAUAUUAUCAUUAAAGUGAAUUCACCAUGUGACACAUUAUAACACAAAUAUUAUAAAGAUGCACCUCCUCCUUUAAUCAUCGUCACUGAAUCACUUGAUUUCUGAAGUUUACCUGUGAACCUGAUGGACCUGCUGACACUCACCUGUUCAUUCAGGCUGAUCUGCCAGUGGCAGGUCCAGACUCACUUUAUAUAAAGAGUUCAAGUUAAGUUCCUGUUCAUGUGUAAAUGAGCUUCACCUGUAAAAAGCACCUGGUUAUUAUUUACACCAUGUUUUAUAAUAAGCAGACAGACAGAGCUCACCUGACAGGUGUGUCACUGAAACACACUGAGCUGAUUUCAUUUCAAACCAUUCUCCUCACUGAGACGUCGUUCCUUUAAACAUCACUGAGUUUGGAGAAUAAACAAACUCUUCACUUCAUUAAAUAACAACUUCACAACAUAUAAAAUAAAAGAAGAAACAUUUAACAGACAUUUAAAUCCAAAGUUUCAACUUCAACGACUUUCUUUAACCUUUUAAAUGUCAGUUUUAUUUUCACUUUUAUCAACAACUGAGCUCAGUGAUGAAGAGGAGGAAGAGUUAUCACUCCUGUGUGGCUGCAGACUGUCAAAAUAAAAUACUGACUCAGACUUCAUUAAGAUUAAAAUACGUCUCAAAGCCAUAAAGUAUCAUCAGUCAAAGGUAAAAAUUCACCUGAGAGUCAGGAACUUUACUUUGACAUGUAGCUUUUCAUCAAACAUCGACCAGCAGGGGGCGACCUUCACACCUGACAACCUGCAACACCUGCAGGAGGAUUUUAGCAGCAGCGCCACCUGCAGGAAAUGAGUGACAGCUGCAGCUGUUAGCGACAGUAACACAUUAAUCACGUUAACUUCAGAUAGUAACAGCUGUCAGAAAACAUUUUGUAAACGAAGCUUCAGUUAAUAAAAACUCAAAAACACAAACAUCUGCAGAGUCUCAUCAUCACCUGCAGGUGGAGCUGCUGCUUCCUGUUCCUGCAGGAGGCAGAGGAGAGACCUGCUGCAUCUGCUGCUCUGUGAUUGGUUGAUUCUGACUGUACCUGCUCUCAGGUGAUCUCAUGUUCAGAAGUGUCGACUCUCUACAAUCUUUAGUCUGCCUAAAAUGUUUUGUUGGUUUCUGUGCUGUCACUCAGUGUUUUGUUUUAUUUUGACAGUCUUAUUCUAAUGGCCUGUGUUUGAAGUUCUGUUUUAUUCUGACGCUCUGUGUUUUAUUUUGAAGGUCUAUUUUGUGCUGACGCUCUGUGUUUUAUUUUGAUGGUCUGUUUAAUUCUGACGCUCUGUGCUUUAUUUUGAAGGUCUGUUUUAUUCUGACGCUCUGUGCUUUAUUUUGAAGGUCUGUUUUAUGCUGACGCUCUGUGUUUUAUUUUGACAGUUUGUUGUUUUAUUGUGAUGCUUUGUGUUUUAUUCUGACACAGUUUUAUUCUGACAGUCUGUUUUCUCUCCUUCCUGUCGUGGUCUCAGGUGAAUCUCCUGGUUUCAGUUUGAUUCAGCAGCACAUUUUCAAACAGAUAAAAUAUAUUUAUAAAACAUCAAAUAUUAAAAUUAACCUCAAUAAGAAAACUAUCAAUAAAUACCAGACCCUGAGAUCAAUAUGUUUAUUGAUCAGUUCAUCACGUUCCUUCAGUUUGGACCAGAUUUAAUUUAGAAAGCACACACACACACACACACACACACAGACACACACACACACACACACACACACACACACACACACACACACACAGACACACACACACACACAGACACACACACAGACACACACACACACACACACACACACACACACACAC